UUCAUUUCAUUAUUUUAUUCGUUUACUAUUUGUCAUUGUGAUUUUUUUUCCACCGUUGCUUUCCCUGCAAUUCAAAAUCAACUAUCUUCAAAAUUUUCCAUUUGGACGGAAUUCGGUCGGAUAUUGCUUUCUACUCUCUCAAUUUCGCUCUCUUCUUAACCAAAUCAAUAAACCCAAUCCUUUUAUCUUUCAAGAAAAGGGGAAAAUCCCUUCUCAACACCAUUGCUUUCUGGUUUUGAUAUCGAACCGGAGGAAUGGGAAUGGCAGCAGAUUCAGAGUUCCUUGUUCUGGCCGUUGAUGACAGCAUCAUCGAUAGAAAGCUUAUCGAAAGGCUACUUAAAACCUCUUCGUUUCAGGUUACUACGGUUGAUUCUGGAAGUAAGGCUUUAGAAUUUCUGGGUUUACAUGAAGAUGAUGGAACCAUCAACACAAAUACGCCCUCUUUUUCUCCUAAAAAUCAUCAAUGUUUACAGGAAGUCGAAGUGAAUCUUGUCAUUACAGAUUACUGUAUGCCCGGCAUGACAGGCUAUGACUUGCUCAAGAAAAUCAAGGAAUCUUCAUCUCUAAAAAACAUACCAGUAGUCAUCAUGUCAUCUGAGAAUGUACCUUCAAGGAUCAACAUAUGUUUAGAAGAAGGUGCAGAAGAAUUUUUGUUGAAGCCUGUAAGAUUAUCAGAUUUAAGUAAACUUAGGCCCCGUAUGUUUAAAACCAAAAUCAAGGAUCACCAAGAACCAGAAAAACAAGAAAAGGAAGAGCAACAACAACCACCAUCACCACAGUCCAACAACAACAAGAGAAAAGAAAUGGAGGAAGGUAUUUCAACCGAGAGAACAAGACCGAGACUCAAUGGCAUAGCUACUAUGGUUUAAUGAUGUUUGGAAAAAUGUUAUAAAUUCUGCAUUUUUUUUGUUGGAAGAAAAGUUGAAGAUUCCCGAUUUUGUUGUGCUAAUUGAACUCCACCCAAAAAAGUGUAAAACAACAAUAUGAUUUGAGA